AUGGCCCCGGUCCGGCGGGCACAGCCCCCGCGCGCCGGGCAGGCCGCCGGCCAUGCCCUGCCCGGCGCCUUCAAUGUGACCCUGGCCCUGAGCAUGUGCCUGGGAGCCGCCGGGCCAGGGCGGCUGGUGUCCUCGAGCGUGGUCAUCCCGCCGGAGUUGCGGCACACCGUGCGGCUUUCGCCGGACCUGCUGGCCGACCUGCUGGGCGCCGGGUCCCCGGUGUCGGCCAUCAGGCUGCCGGCUCGGAUUUCCUUUGCCAGCGAGUCGCGGCGCACCAUCCACCAAUGUCUGUUGCCGGAUGCCUCCCUGUCGCGAGGGGUCCUGGCCCUGCCGCGCGAGCUGGCCGAGGAGUUGUCGCUGUGGCAGGCCCGCGGCCCGAUCAGGGCGAUGCUGGACCUGGACACGCCGGUGGUGGGGACCCUGCUGGCCGAGAUCACUGGCCACCAGGCCGACGGCCAGCCACCGGCGGAUCUGGCCCUCGUGGCGUCGGAAGUGGAGCAGGCCCUCGGGCGCUCGGGCGACAAGUUGCAUGCGCCGGUGUCGCUGUGCCUGCCAUCGGGCAGGGUGGUUUCCAUUGGCAGCCUGCUGCGGCUGAGCUGUGCCAUGCUGCCGCCGGGGCACUUUCCGCACGAGUGGUGCUCGUCGGAUCUCCAGCAGCAUGAGGGGCACUUCGUGGGGGGCGUGUCGCGGGUGGUGUUCCGGAUGCCGGCCGCCAUGGUGGGCCAUGUGCCGCUGGCGUGCCGGGCCCUGGCCCUGGUGGCCGGCGAGGCGGCUGGCGAUGCGGUUCUCCUGCGCCCGGUGGCCGACCGGGGCUUGCCCACGAAUGGCAUGCUGGUCAGCCUGCCGGUCCUGCCGCCGGCGCUGGACCGGCUGUUCGGCCUCACCUGCCAGAGUCUGGGCGAGGCGCUGGUCUUCGACAUCGGGGGCCGGCAAUUCCGGCUGCUGUGCGUCGGGCGCGCAUCCGGGUGUGGGAUGUGUCGCUUUUCGGGCCAUCCUCGCAAGGAAAGGGGGGGGGGGGGCGGGGGGGCGGAGGGGGUUGUUUGUCGGUCUGGCCGUCUCCUGCCCGCUGGGCCCGGGCCUUGCAUCUGA